UGAAUUGUGAUUGAUUGAAGCUGAGAUAAAAAUAGGAAAAAGAAAUAAAUAAGGUAAGGUAAAUCAAUAGUAGCAUGGACACAAAUUUACUAGAACUAGUAGUAGUAGUAAUAGUAGCUCCAUGAACAGAAUCACCAUAACCACAAUAUCACAACACACAUCAACCAUCUCUUCAUUUUGCACUCUUCACCCACUACUGUUCUUCUUUUUUAUGUCCCAACGUUAAAACUUCAAACUUUAUAUUUCUACUACUUACACCCCUUUAUUUUCUGGGUUUGUAAGAUCUGUUCUCUCUUCUUUUGCUGAGAUCUGUUUGAUUUUCAAGUUUUUUUCUUGAGCUAAGGGUUGUGUGCAAUGAAGCUUUCAGUUGAAGAUUGGAACUUGGAGUGUUGGGGGUUGAGGAAGAGGAGAAGCGAAUGAGGCAUAAAGGAAUUGUUUUUUGUUGUGAAACAGGUUUUGGUUGAGGAUUGAAGUGUGGGGAAUCUUUUGGGUAUAUUUAGAUUUGAAUGAUUUUUUUGGUUGGUGAAAGAGGGGUAGAAGUUAACAAAGAAUGAUAUUCUGUAGUAGAAAGAAAGAGACUAAAAGGGUUGGUUUUUGGUGGGAGUGUCAUUUUCUGAGAAUUUUGUUACUUAAUUGGUCUACUUAGAGAGAUUGUGGGCUCAAUUUUUGAGUUUACAAAAUUUCUUUUUAUCUUUUGUUGCUCAAAUGAGGCUUUCUUCAGCUGGUUUUAGUCCUCCACCCCAAGAAGGGGAAAAGCGAGUUCUAGAUUCAGAACUUUGGCAUGCAUGUGCUGGCCCUCUUGUCUCUUUACCAGCAGUUGGAAGUAGAGUGGUGUACUUUCCACAAGGUCACAGUGAACAGGUAGCUGUGUCAACAAACAAGGAAGUGGAUGCUCAUAUCCCAAACUAUCCAAGCUUACCUCCUCAGCUCAUAUGCCAACUUCAUAAUUUGACUAUGCAUGCUGAUGUGGAAACUGAUGAAGUGUACGCGCAGAUGACCUUGCAACCUCUGAAUGCUCAAGAGCAAAAAGAGGCUUACCUUCCAGCCGAGUUAGGCACUGCGAGUAAACAACCGACAAACUACUUCUGCAAGACCUUGACUGCUAGUGACACAAGUACUCACGGGGGGUUCUCUGUGCCUCGAAGAGCGGCUGAGAAAGUUUUUCCUUCAUUGGACUUCUCCCAGCAGCCUCCUGCUCAAGAGUUAAUAGCAAGGGAUUUGCAUGGUCACGAAUGGAAAUUCAGACAUAUCUUCCGGGGCCAGCCCAAAAGGCAUCUACUUACAACUGGAUGGAGUGUUUUCGUGAGUGCUAAAAGACUUGUUGCCGGUGAUUCUGUACUGUUCAUCUGGAACGAAAAGAACCAAUUGCUUCUUGGAAUCCGCCGUGCUAGCCGCCCACAAACUGUGAUGCCUUCAUCGGUGUUGUCAAGUGAUAGUAUGCACUUAGGACUUCUUGCCGCAGCAGCUCAUGCGGCUGCAACCAAUAGUCGGUUCACUAUUUUCUAUAACCCACGUGCUAGUCCAUCAGAGUUUGUUAUACCCUUAACUAAGUAUGUUAAAGCUGUGUAUCAUACUCGAGUUUCAGUUGGUAUGCGUUUCAGGAUGAUGUUUGAAACAGAGGAGUCUAGUGUGCGAAGAUACAUGGGUACGAUAACUGGCAUUAGUGACCUUGAUUCUGUUCGGUGGCCAAACUCACAUUGGCGCUCGGUAAAGGUUGGGUGGGAUGAAUCGACUGCAGGAGAGAAGCAACCUAGAGUGUCUUUGUGGGAAAUUGAGCCAUUAACAACAUUUCCUAUGUAUCCAUCACCGUUCCCCCUUAGGCUUAAACGACCGUGGCCUCCAGGAUUGCCUUCAUUCCAUGGCAUGAAGGAUGAUGAUUUUGGCAUGAACUCUCCUUUAUUGUGGCUUCGAGACACCGAUAGAGGGCUUCAAUCUCUGAACUUUCAAGGGAUUGGUGUUAAUCCUUGGAUGCAGCCAAGGUUUGAUCCUUCCAUGCUGAAUAUGCAAGCAGAUAUGUAUCAAGCUGUGGCUGCUGCUGCGCUUCAGGACAUGAGAAGUGUAGAUCCUUCGAAACAGCAUCCUGGUUCUUUACAUCAAUUCCAGCAACCGCUAAACUUUGCAAACCGGACCGCUGCUUUAAUGCAGGCGCAGAUGUUGCAACAUUCACAACAACCUCAACAGGCUUUUCAAAACAAUCUGGAGAACCAACAUCUGUCGCAAUCUCAACCGCAAACUCAGACACAUCCUCAGCAGCAUCUUCAGCAUCAGCACUCAUUCAAUAAUCAGCUCCAUCAUCAUAACCAGCAGCAACAACAACCAACUCAACAAGUGGUGGAUAAUAGUCAGCAGAUUUCUGGUGCAGUCUCAACAAUGUCUCAGUUUGUUUCAGCAGCUCCUCAACUUCAAUCCCCACCUAUGCAACAAGCUCUCUCUUCACUAUGCAACCAGCAGAGUUUUUCUGACUCAAAUGUGAACUCUUCAACCACUAUUGUUUCUCCUUUGCACAGUAUCUUAGGUUCAUUUCCACAGCAAGAUGAAACAUCACACCUUCUGAGUCUUCCUAGAACAAACUCUUGGGUUCCUGUUCAAAAUUCGACCGGUUGGCCCUCCAAGCGUGUUGCGGUGGAUCCUCUCCUUUCUUCGGGGGCAGCUCAAUGUAUUCUGCCACAGGCGGAGCAGUUAGGGCAGCCACAGAAUACCAUUUCUCAAAAUGCUAUUACAUUGCCACCAUUUCCGGGUAGGGAGUGCUCAAUAGACCAAGAAGGGAGCAAUGAUCCACAAAGUAAUCUUUUAUUUGGCGUCAAUAUAGAUCCCUCGUCUCUUCUAAUGCAUAAUGGUAUGUCAAACUUCAAGGGGAUCAGUGGCGGCAACAGUGACUCCUCAACCAUGCCCUAUCAAUCUUCUAAUUACAUGAACACCGCAGGCAAUGAUUCUUCACUGAACCACGGAGUUACGUCUAGUAUUGGUGACUCCGGCUUCUUGCGUACCCCAGAAAAUGCGCAGCAAGGAAACAACAACCCGCUGAACGAGACCUUUGUGAAGGUUUAUAAAGCAGGGUCCUACGGAAGAUCAUUGGAUAUCACCAACUUCAGCAGCUACCAUGAGCUGCGCGGUGAGCUCGCCCGAAUGUUUGGACUAGAAGGCGAGUUGGAGGACCCUGUGAGAUCAGGCUGGCAGCUUGUAUUCGUUGACCGAGAGAAUGAUGUUCUUCUCCUCGGUGAUGGCCCUUGGCCGGAAUUUGUGAGUAGUGUAUGGUGCAUCAAGAUACUUUCGCCCGAGGAAGUGCAGCAAAUGGGAAACACUGGCCUCGGGCUUUUGAACUCGGUUCCAAUUCAAAGGCUCUCAAAUGGCAUCUGCGAUGGCUACGUGAGCCGUCAAGAUCCAAGAAGUUUAAGCAGUGGAAUAACAACCGUUGGAUCUCUAGACUACUGAAAAAUGUGACUGUUAAUAGUCUACAUUUUCAACUUUGCCAAAGGUUGGAAGCAUUUCCUAAAUGUAGUUUAUAUUAUAUCACAGCCCUUUGUUUUAAUUUUUUUUGUUUUUCAUGUUAGGACUAUUCAUAAACUAAUACUGUAACUAUAUGUUAUCUUAUCAUUGUGCUAAGCUACAACUAUAUACAAUACUUAAUCCAUUAGGAAAUCAAUGUGUGAAGUGAAGAUAGUUCUCUCUAGAAAUUCAACUUAUACCAAACCUAACUUUUAGUCUGGUUUUGGCUCAAUCUUUGGGAUGCAUGAUGUUGACAUUUGAUGA